GACAGCGGCGGCGCUCGGCCAGUCGGGCACAUUUUCAAAACAAACGAGCUCCGAAGCACAUGUGUUUACGAUUGUUCCGCACCGGUGUUCUCGUUUUCAGUUCAAUUGCAGUUAUUUCAAUCAUUUUUACCGGAAUUUAGUCGGAAUUAACCCCCCAAAAUGACGGAUUUCGAUGUCCGCGGUGAGGAUUCCGAUUCCAGCUACGUAUCCUACGACGAGGAUGAUGAGCUGCGGGAAGCCUUGGCAAAGGGAUUGCUCAAGCCGGGUCUAAACGUGAUAGCGAAGGAUCGAUCGGAGCCGGCCAAUGAUCCCCUCAAACUGAAAUCAGCCCUGGAAUCGUUAAUCCUGAAAGCCCCUUGGGUGGAGAGGUUGGAUUUGGUGAACGACCUGGCGCCAAUCACUCCGGAGCUGGCUAUUCAGAUUGAGAAGCACGAACAAAAGCGCGAGAAUCAGUUCAAGGGAAACAAGAAAAUCCCCUACGUUGCACCGGAACAGGAUCCGGUCUUGAAUGAUUUCAAGCGGGAAAUCUUGUUCCACCGACAGGCGCAAGCUGCGGUCGUGGAAGGCAUUAAACGUUUGCACGAUUUGGGUGUCCAAACCAAACGACCGGAUGAUUACUUUGCGGAGAUGGCCAAAACCGACGAGCACAUGCAACGCAUCCGGAAGGUGUUGCUGGCCAAGCAGGAAGGUAUCGCCAAAUCGGAACGGGCCCGUCAAUUGCGUGAACAGCGUCGCAUUGGCAAGCUGAUCCAGAGGCAAACGACCGAGAAACGGGAUGAGGAACGGAGGAAGAUGCUGGACGAUAUCAAGAAGUUCCGGAAGGGCAAGCUUUCCAAUUUGGACUUUUUGGACGAUGAUGAGGAAGGUGGCGCCAGCAAGAGGAAGAAGAAGGGAACGGUGCGAGGCGCGGGUGGAAAGAAGCAGGUUAAUCCGAAGAGGGCGGCCAAGAAUGCCAAGUUUGGUUUCGGUGGUAGGAAGAAGGGCUCGAAGCGGAACGACAAAAAGUCGUUCAUGGGUGAUGGUCCGAAAAGGAAGGGCGGUGCUGCCGGAGGCGGUGGUGGGGCUGGUGGUAAGAAACGAUUGGGCAAAAGCAGACGGGCACAGACCAAGAACAGAGGUAAGUAAGGGAAUCAAUGGAUUUUUGCGUAAAUACAUAUUUCUUUUGUCAGUAAGUUA